AUGUCUUCGCAACAGUCUCCCUUCCUCAUCUCCGUCUUCCACAGCCCAUUCCAGUUUCCCCCAGCUUUGUGGGAGUGCUUCAACGCAGAGCCCCGGAACUCCAACAUCAUCUAUGCCCAUGCUGCGAAGCUCAGGAGCACCGGCAUUGUCACCGCUCCUGGCCCGCCCGUCGAUGUGUGGAUCGUCUGCUGGCGGCAGGGCCCAGCUCCCAUAAUCGAAUUUGUGCUUUCCUGCACCACCGGCCCCCUCGGUGCCUAUCCGGUCUUCAUAUACACCCCCCUUCCCUCGGAAUAUCUGGCCCUCGGUUUCAUCCAACCCCGUAUCCAUUCCAUUAUCGGCUACCUGCAAUCGUACGUUGCGCCCGAGAGGGUGUUCUCCGUCUUCGCACUCGACCCCGUCGCGGAUGCCUUUGCCGCUAUGUGGACCGCAAUGACCCGCGUUCCCCUCGCUACGCAACCGGUCUACUAUCAUGCCCAGUUCAUGUCCUGCGACAGGACCACAUUCAAGCCGGGAGCUCAGAACGGCACCGCCCGUACUCCGAGUCCGCUGCGCCUUGCGGUCCCGGACGAUCGUAUCGGGGUGGCGGCACUGUGCCACGGAUUUGCUGCCUCAUCGGAGCCUUUCGUGUUGACGGAACAAAUGGCGCUCUACGAAGCCUCGCUCCUCAUUAACAGCAACUCCGUCUGGGUUCACACCAUACAGGGGCCCGGGCAGGUGACACCCGACAUUGCGUGCAUCGUCUCCGUGACGCGUACCACUGAGACGGUCGCUGCCAUUACCAAGGUCUACACCAAUCCGAACUACAGGAGCCGCGGGUGUGCCGAGCGGCUUGUCCGCUUUGCUUGUGCGAGUCUGCUCCGGACCAAGCAGAGUGUUGUGCUGUAUGUUGCUCACAACAACCAGGCGGCAAAGAAGGUGUACGAGCGCGUGGGGUUCGUUGGGUUUGCUGCCUCCGGGGUCGGAGCGACUGAUUCUUGGAAGGAACUUGGCUUCGAUCAGACUCUCGUCCGACUCGGACAUUGGUAG